UGAGCACAUUCCUCUGUGAAGUUUAUAAUUGAGAUGUGUAGACACUAAGCUCAUAAAGAAUCAGGGCUAAGACUAUGAUGGGUCAUAUGCAAGCUGAUGCUGAGGAAGCCCACCCUAAGAAUGGAGAAUGGAGCAUUCUGCAGAGAGCAGAGGCAGCUGUGGAUCCAGGAGAGCAGGAGACCCAGGAGAUUUCCAGAAGCACGAGAGUAACUGAACUGGAGAGCUCAUUAGAGAGAAGACUCCUACUGCUUAGAGAACAGAGAUUUCAAGGAAGGAUUCAGGCUGGUGUCUUGAUAACAAAGAUGGAGAAAAAGGAAAGCAUUCCAGAUAACUUUCAAAAGAAACUCAAACAUUUGGAAAUUAUUUUCACUACCAAGAAAGCAAGUUGAGAAAAAUAGUUAUUUCCAAGGUCUCCAGAAUCUGAAGCUCUGCUCCUGAAUUUACAAAAUGU